CCCAUUUGGCCACACACGUUCCUAGUUUUCCCCUCCCCCUUGCACAAUCCCUCUUCCCCUCCCUCUGUCCCUCGUGUCUGUCUCUCUCUGUCUUAUCGCUCUGUCUCGCUGGCUCGAUUAAUCUGUCUCUCUCCCAUCUCUCUGGAAUCUUGGGGCUACUUGAAGAACAAAAAGAAAAACCCUAACUGACUUUGUAUACAGUCGAGUAUAUACGCGCAAGUUCAUUCUGACUGAGCCCUCGCUGGGAAUCGAUUGAGAAACAAAAAUCCGACGCAGGUGAUUCAGGCAUGUUCCAAGUGGCACCAAGUUGACCAGUUUAUUUUGCAAUAGCACUGUGAGUGUCAUAGACUGUAUUAUAAUGGAGAAUGGGUGUUCGUGGACGAAGUGGUAGUGAUCGCCUUAGGACAAUUUGGACACCAGAAAUGGAUCGGUAUUUCAUUGACCUCAUGCUAGAGCAGGUUGGCAAAGGGAGUAGAAUUGAUGACCAUUUAUUCAGCAAAAGAGCAUGGAAGCAAAUGACGUCAUUGUUCAAUGCAAAAUUCAAAUUUCAAUAUGAGAAAGAUGUUUUAAAGAAUCGUCACAAAACACUGAGAAAUCUCUACAGAUAUGUAAAAAAGCUUCUUGAUCAGCAGGGAUUCAGCUGGGAUGAAACACGACAAAUGGUGAUGGCUGAUAACAAAGUCUGGGAUGAUUUCAUUAAGGUACAUCCAGAUGCACGGUCAUACAGGAUUAGAACCAUUCCAUACUACAGUGAUUUGUGUGUGAUAUAUAAAAAUGCAACUUUUGAUAGGAAACCUAGCCUUUCUGGUGAAGAUGCUAAUGCUGAUAGAAAUAUGCUGGGUUCAGAAACUUGUACAUUGGUGCAAGGUGUAGAAUCUCCAGAUACUACCAUUGAUGAUGGAGAGCCAGUGGACAGUUCUUUUGAAUUAUCAUCCCAUUCCGGUGGUAACACAAAUACAACAGUCACUCCACCAAGAAGUGUUGUUGAGGGGGCUGUGGAGGCUCUUCAUGAAAUCACAAUCGAUGAAGAAUAUGGUAAUUCUAAGCCAAAAAUUAGUGAUGAUGGUACUCAUCGACCUAUAGCAGGUACUGAGUCUAGGGGAGGCACUCGGUCAAGGACUUUUUGGCAACCGCCAAUGGACCGUUAUCUCAUUGACCUAAUGCUAGAGCAACUCCGAAAAGGGAAUCAGGUUGACGGUCAAUUUCACAAACAAUCAUGGAUGGAGAUGAUUGCCUCAUUUAAUUCCAGAUUUGGCUUUAAGUAUGACAUUGAUGUUCUGAAAAAUCGGUACAAAACCAUGAAAAGGCAAUAUAAGGUUAUAAAGAAUCUUCUUCGCUUGGAUGGGUUUUCCUGGGAUGAAACACGUCAAAUGGUGACAGCAGAUGAUUAUGUCUGGCAAGAUUAUAUUAAGGCACAUACUGAUGCACGGCAAUACAUGACUAGACCUGUGCCGUACUAUAAAGAUUUGUGUGUGAUUUGUAGAGAAUUGAGUGGUGAUGGAAGGGAGAGUCUCUCUUCUUAUGAUCUAUACCAACAAGAUGAAGCCCUAGCCCUUACAUUUGGUGGGUCAUUGAAGGGCGUGCAAUCUCCAGCUGCAUCGGUGUAUAGCGAAGAUCAAGUUGGUGAUAUGCUGGACUCCUCCCUUAUGGGUAACAUGAGUGUGUGCAACCAACAGAAAAAGCAGAAGCAUUGUCUCGAAAAUGUACCAUAUUCUACCCAUACCAACAAAAAAGCACGGGGUAGUGACGAAGGCAUGGCCGGGGCUCUUCGUGAGAUGGCGACUGCUGUUUCUUCUUUGGCAGACAAGAAAAAGGAAGAUGAAGACUGGAGCUCCGUCUCUAUAGAGCAUGUCAUAGAAGCCAUCCAGGCCUUACCUGACAUGGAUGAAGACCUUGUUUUGGAUGCUUGUGAUUUUUUGGAGGAUGAAAAGAAAGCGAAAACGUUUUUAGCAUUGGAUGUUAAAUUGAGAAAGAAGUGGUUGAUUAGGAAGCUUCGUCCGCAGCAAUCUUAAGAGUUUGUAACCCAUCCUUUGCUUAUAUAUAUAUACGUAGAUAUCUAUAUAUAUUCUUUUUCCCCCCUUUCAUAAGUUCAUCCAAAAUCUGUUUCCUGCCAUGCAGCUAGGUAGUCUUCCAUCUGUGCAGUUGAUGUUUAUAGAGUGUUGUCAGUGUCUGAACUAGGUAGCCCCUCUGCGAUAAUGAAUUUCAACUGACUUUGCAAUGAAAUCUGUUCUGUGCUC